CUCAUCGAAAUUGGAUUAUUAGAAGAGAGGUCUGUGGCUUCCACGCCGUGGUUUUUCUUCUCGGUAUAAAAGCAAAGUUGUUUUUGAUAUGUGACAGUUUCCCACAAGCCAGGCUGAUCCUUCUCUGUCAGUCCACUUCACCAAGACUGCCCUUGGACAAGGACCCAAUGCCCAACCCCAGGCCAGCCAAGCCCUCUGCCCCUUCCUUGGCCCUUGGCCCAUCCCCUGGAGCCUCGCCCAGCUUGAGGGCUGCACCCAAGACCUCAGACCUCCUGGGGACCAGGAUCCCAGGAGGAACCUUCCAGGGUCGGGAACUCCGAAGUGGGAUCCAUGCCUCUUCCUCCUCCUCCUUGAACCCCCUGCCAACAUCGCAGCUGCAGCUGCCCACAGUGCCCCUAGUCAUGGUGGCACCCUCCGGGGCAAGGUUGGGCCCCUCGCCCCACUUGCAGGCACUUCUCCAGGACAGGCCACAUUUUAUGCACCAGCUCUCCACAGUAGAUGCCCACGCCCGGACCCCUGUGCUACAAGUGCGCCCACUGGAAAGCCCAGCCAUGAUCAGCCUUCCACCACCCACCACCACCACCGGGGUCUUCUCUCUCAAGGCCCGGCCUGGCCUGCCACCUGGGAUCAAUGUGGCCAACCUGGAGUGGGUGUCCAGGGAGCCAGCACUGCUCUGUACCUUCCCAAGCCCUGGCACACCCAGGAAGGACAGCACCCUUUUAGCUACACCCCAGAGUUCCUACCCACUACUGGCAAAUGGUGUCUGCAAGUGGCCUGGAUGUGAGAAGGUCUUCAAGGAGCCAGAAGAUUUCCUCAAGCACUGCCAGGCAGACCACCUCUUGGAUGAGAAGGGAAGGGCACAGUGUCUCCUCCAGAGAGAGGUGGUGCAGUCUUUGGAGCAGCAGCUGGUGUUGGAGAAGGAGAAACUGGGCGCUAUGCAGGCCCACCUGGCAGGGAAAAUGGCACUGACCAAGGCUCCAGCUACGGCAUCAUCUGACAAGGGCUCCUGCUGCAUGGUAGCUACUAGCACCCAAGGAAGUGUCGUUCCAGCCUGGCCCAGCCCUCGGGAGGCAUCUGACAGCCUGUUUGCAGUGCGGAGGCACCUCUGGGGCAGCCAUGGAAACAGCACAUUCCCAGAGUUUUUCCACAACAUGGACUACUUCAAGUUCCACAACAUGCGGCCCCCUUUCACCUAUGCCACCCUCAUCCGCUGGGCCAUCCUGGAAGCUCCCGAGAAGCAGCGGACACUCAAUGAGAUCUACCACUGGUUCACACGCAUGUUUGCCUUCUUCAGAAACCACCCUGCCACCUGGAAGAAUGCCAUCCGCCACAACCUGAGCCUGCACAAGUGCUUUGUGCGAGUGGAGAGUGAGAAGGGGGCUGUGUGGACCGUGGAUGAGUUUGAGUUCCGCAAGAAAAGGAGCCAGCGGCCCAGCAGGUGUUCCUACCCUACCCACAGCCCCUGACCUCAAAACCAAGAAGAGGAAGGAUGGACAGGAGCCAAAAUGGGGGGCAGAGGUGCCCAGGGCAGGGGUGGCAGGCCUUGGACAUGCCCACAGAGACCAAAAAGUGAGAUGUCUAUUGUCUUGCCUGCCAGGGCCCCUGCUCCCCAGCUGGCUGCCAUCCCAGAUCAUUUCUUCUGCACCAAGGCUGCUUGGAGGGGCCCCAAGACCAGCCCAGCUCCCACUCCCAUUCAACCCCCCCAGUCAGGUUCUCCAGCCAAUCAGAGGCCAUACAUACAGCCUGUCUCAGCCACUCUCACCUCAGGGGGUGGGGGAGAAAGUCACACAGACACAGUCACUAUCCUGUCCC